AUGGUCACUACCGGAUCCUCGAAGUCCUCGUCCAUUGUGUCUGAGACACCGCCCUCGGCAGACACUGUCGAGAAGUUUAUUUCUUUGCUGUCACAAUCAUUCGGCAAGGUACCGCUGACUACGGCUUUCAUCACCGAAAUUGAUGGCGUCAAGGCCGAUACCAGUCCCUCCGCACUGACGCCCGAUCGCUUGCACAAGCACUUUUCGCUGGGCAUCCCGGCAGCGGCAAAGGCCAAUAUUCUACUACUGCACGAUGCUGACUUCAAAGCCGCUGCUCUGAUUGAGCCUCCCGAUUUCUGCGGGAUUCCACCUGGGCAAGCCCGCCGCGAUCCAGGGCCUGUCCUUAGCGAAUGGCGCUCAACCGCGCGGCUGCUCAAGUCAAAGUAUCUUGCACUGCCUGACUCGGGGCCUCGAAGCUGGGACACCCCAGCCGCGCCCUCGCAGUCCAGUGGUGGGCCGGCAGAGGACCCCUACCCGGCCAAUUUCAACAAAGACGCCGCGGUGGAAGUACGGCCAUGUUAUCACAUUGCAAUUGUGGCGAAGGAUCCUUCCCUGAGCGCAGCUCAGCAGGAAACCGCGUCAAAGGCCAUUCUUGAGCAUGUUUUGGACAAAGCGAAGCAGGAGGCAGUUCCGGCUUGGGCAGAAGCGAGUCUGCCCGACAAGAAACAAGAGUAUGAGCGUGUGGGCUUCAGAGUAGUUGAGGAGGUUGUGGUUGGUAAGGGAAAAGUGAACGAGGCAGGAUGGCCUUCCAACGGCGGUGCUGGUGUGAAAUGCUGGGGCUUGAUAUAUGAUCAACACCUGCAAUGA